GAGAAAGGAGAUAACGAGGGCCGGGGCGACGACUGCGCGUGCCUCCUCUCGGAGCAAACGAUUAGAAUUGACGGGAAUGUCAAGCAAUGCCAAGGCGAGUGGGAUCACGGGGCAUAAAUAAAGCGGUCGGUGCUGACCGUGGCUGACUCAAGGCUGGAGGCCCGGCCACUGAACUAUGUAUAGAUAUGGGUCGAGUGGGCCCGGCGAACAUCUCCGAUAACUCCGAUCAAUCUUACCGCGAGAACCUGUGCGUCAUGCGCAAAACACCGCACGACCCUGUUUGACCUGUUUAUCGCGAUGUCCGCGAGCCCGAAUUCCGAAUCGUUGUUUUACGUCUGUCGUCAGUGUUUACCUGAUUUGCCGUCACGGCGAACGCGAGGGGGCAUGACACCGCGGUGAACCAUCGUCGGCCCUCGCCGCGCUUUCGCCGUGCUCGUUCGUGCGGAACGAAUGUCAAUAAAACAUCGUUGGCUUCCGUGGGUGAAUUAGGUGGACAAGUGGCGCGGUGGCCGGAAUCGAGGCAGGUGGCCGCCGUCGACGACCAGACUUUAUAUGAUCUUCUUCCCCUAAAUAACGUAUGAUGCUGCGGGAUAUUGUCGCCGCGAUGAAGAUAUCAAAGUCCACCAUCGUCUUCCUGGCCGUGAUUCUGAUAUUAUCUAUCCUGAUAGCGAAUAUAGUUGAGUUUGCCAAAGACGUCAGGGGAGAGCCUUAUCCCCCGGACAAGAUUGCGGGAGACAAUAACGGGGAGACACCGUGGCCCGGACCAAAGUACUAUGGCAUAGAUCAUUCGAGCGACCACUUGAUAUGGUUCCUACAGAUAACCGACUUACAUAUAAGUAUCCAUAGGGAUCCGUCUAGACUGUUGGAGUUCAGAGAAUUUUGCAACGUGACAGUGAAUGUUAUUCAGCCUAAGGUCGUUCUUGCUUCAGGAGAUUUGACUGAUGCCCUAGUUGAAAACUCAAUUGGCUCUAAGCAGGAGCACCAAGAGUGGGAGUAUUACAGAAACGUGAUAGACCAGACUAACGUCAGCAAGAAUGUUUUAUGGUUGGAUGUCAGGGGAAAUCACGACAACUUCGACGUCAUCAAUUUGGAUUCCAAAAACAACUAUUAUACAAACUACUCGGUUCAAGGAAAGAAACAUCACAGAUCUUACAUGUACAAUGUUGAGGCUGGUCUUGAAACGUACUCCUUCAUUGCGGUUGACGCUUGCUUGAAACCGGGCCCCAAGAGGCCGUUCAAUUUCAUUGGUAUUCUAGAUCAGAAGGAGAUUAAGAGGAUACAGCAGUUGAUUAAUCAGUCGAAAGAAAGCAACGCCGCUCAUACGAUCGUAUUCGGUCAUUAUCCUACGUCCAGCAUAAUAUCGCAAGCUGAUACAAAUAUCAGAAGUGUUUUAGGCAAUCACAGAGACAGCUUGGCGUAUCUGUGUGGCCACUUCCAUACGUUUCUCGGCAUGGUACCCGAGAUGUACACGAUACAAAGGGAGGGCUUCCUUGAGCUGGAAUUGGCAGAUUGGAAAAAUAGUAGAACGUAUCGCCUUGCGGCAAUAGACCAUGGCCAAUUCUCAUUCAUCGAUAUAAAACACCAAGAUUGGCCCGUAGUAUUAAUCACCAAUCCGAAAAACGUGCUGUUUAUGAUGCCGCAAAGGGAAAACUUGGAAUCUAUUAUCAAAUCUACGCAUGUUAGGGUACUGGCUUUUUCUACGGUUCCAAUAAAAAGCAUCGAAAUUCAAUUGGAUAAUGAAGUUUCGCUACUACAGUGCGAUCAUAUAAGUGGACCUCUCUAUACAUUGCCAUGGAACGCGACGAAAUACAAGAAGGGCAUUCAUCAGAUAACAGUACGUGUAACUGAUGAAGAAGGCAAAACGAAAAUUGUAUCGCAAUCUUUCUCUCUUGACGGAUCGUGGAUAUCCCCUUCUAUUCUUGCCAAGUAUCUACUGAUGACUAAUGUAGUUUGUAUUUUUCAAAUCCAAUUCGUCAUUUCAUUGAUGUUGACAAUCGGCCCGCUGUGCUUCUUUCGAUUCCUUCACAUGUAUUAUAGGAAGAAACGAACAGAUAAACUGCGGCGCCUGAAUUUGGGGAUAUUUUGGGUGAUGUUUAAGCCAUUGUGGAUACUGUCCACCAUUGAUAGAGUGUUUUACGUACUGAUGCUGUACACGUUAUAUGUGGCCGUUGGUCCAUGGACCGUGGGAGAAAUAAUUGAGGGUCACACUGGUGUGAUCUUCAUGUGGGGAACAUUCAUCGAAGGCAUGUAUUUACCGGGCGGCUUAACUUACUUGUAUGGAGUCAUUGAGUUAUUGGUUUACCAACUACCCCUUACGUUGAUGUUAGCGCUCGUCGUUAGUCACAGAUUAAUAUACAUCGAACAGCCCCCUGAAACCUCAUGCCUGAUAAGAUUCUAUAAGUAUUGGCCGUUUUUACGAGUUAUAUGCGUUGUAUCAUUAAUCGGGAUGCAAUGCUGUGCUGUUUAUGUCAUUUAUCUGGAGUAUGGUACAACAGCGAUAUUAUUAUGUCCAUUACGAUGGGGAAGUAUUAUGGUAGCGACAGGACUAUGGUAUUCCAUUAUCACGAUGCCAGUCUCGUGCUUGAGGUCUGCCGCAUCUGUAUGGUAUCCCAAUGGAGUCAUUCAUAACGCAAAUCGAUAAAGCUGAUAGCAAAAUAACACGAUUAGAAAUAUUGGUAAGCUAAUAUUACUAAUAGGUUUUCGAUUAUUACUAAUAGGUUUACAAAGAGAAGUUUUGAAUGUAUUUUAUUUGACAUUUUAAGUAGAAUUAUUGUGAUACUCGGAAGCCAACCACGUUUUAAGAGAAAGUGUUAAAUGCUGUUAAUGAAGUCGUUGUUCGUCCAAUAGAUGUUAUGUAUUAUUCAGUUGAUUGGUCAUGUAAUCAUAUUAUUAACAAAAGUUAUAUUCUGCUAAAACCAAUUUAUUAAUUUUGAACUGUGAUACGCUUAUAACGCAGUAAUGUGAUAAUUACUGUUGCUAAGAUUUGCAAUAAUAAUUAUGAUUUUCUUCUUCCAUGUCACUCAUGAUUCAAACUCGAUAGUUUAUUUAGCAAAAAGCUUUUUUUUAUUUUUUUUUACAAAUAGAAAUCAGAUUGAAAAGAGAUAGAAUUUAUACAUGCUUAUGUCACUAUUGUUUUAUACUUCACUCGAGAGUGCUUUAUCUCUUUACUGUGGAUGAUGAGGUAUUAGAGACGGUGUCAUUGAAUUGUGAUAUUUUACAAUUUAAUCGAGAGAGCUUUAGGAGGCAAGGCUAUGUAUAUUUGUAAGAUUAGCGCUCUUGUCCAGGAUUUUAGAACUAAAAUCUUCUAAUCACCUUCCUUGUAACAUAUAUUUUUCUACUGUCCAUAUUUGAGAUUCAUACUGGUGUACUCUUUUCAAUGACGAUACUUAUAGAUACUUUAUAGAUACUUUAUAAAUAUAUCUGAGAACAAUCCCUCAGGAGAUUUAUGUUUAUCUACGUUUUCAUCACUAUAGCAUGUUACAAAAAAUAACAGAGAUAUAUCAGAUGUAGAAUUUAAUGUAUUGUUUUUCACUUGAGAUGUAUAUUGCGCAAAGUGAAUCGGUUUACUCGCUAUAAGCUGCGACCGAUCCUGCGAAAGGGUAAUUGGACGUGGAAUAGGUAUCUGUGUCAUAAACUUUCAAAAAGAUUGGGCUUCGUGGUAUGGUGCUAAGAGAAAUCAAUGAAAGUAACAUUGUUCAAUUAAAGUGUGAUUACCAAAUAUGAUAUGACAUGAACGUAACAUUUAUUUAUGUAUAACGAAUCAUACUCGAUGUAUAAAUAUAACGUCAAUGUAUUGACAGACGAUGAGAUUCUACGAGAGAGAUAUGCGUGAAAACGUUACGUAAUAAAUAUAUAAUUAUAAUUGUACAAUUAAAGAAAUGAAAUAUUUCAUUUCUGAUAUAGUUAUCACAAAGAUUAAAUAACACCGUCACCAAAUAGUACUAUUAAAAGAAUCGACAAUCUUAAAAAUUUAAACGAGAUUAAUUUAUAAUACUAUAUGCUUUGCUAUUGUAUCAAAUUAUUUUUUUUUUGUACAAAAACGUUUUGUACCCCACAUACGCAUAUUCUGCUGUAAUGAUCUAGAUAUAUUUGUUCAAAAUUAAUUUUAGUGUUAUAUUCGAUCUAUGCGAGUAAUAAUUAUAGAAAAAAAUGUAGUUUUGUGACAAUAUAUAUGAUAUUAUUAUGUCAUAAA